CUGAGGGGGGAACAGCGCUCCCAGUAUCGCGAGAACGACAACUAGCCGCCCAAUUGCCAAAUCUUCAGCGUUCCAUCUGGCACUUAAAGCUAUGGUCACAGUAAUUGUAGGAGAAGCUGCUGGAACUGGUGUUACAAUAAGAUAACCAUGAAUCUGCUGUUAUUUUUUAUUUUGGGAUUGCUUGUUCAUUUUGUGUUCUUUGUCUCCAUCUUCGACAUUUACUUUACUUCUCCCCUGGUACAUGGUAUGACUCCUCAAUGGACUCCUUUGCCACCUCCAGCAAAACGAUUAGUGUUAUUUGUUGCUGAUGGCCUUCGAGCAGAUUCUCUCUAUGAAUUAGAUGAAAAUGGAGCUUCUAGAGCACCAUUUAUCAGGAAUAUAAUAAUGCAUAAAGGUAGCUGGGGUAUUUCUCAUACACGUGUACCCACUGAAUCCAGGCCAGGACAUGUGGCACUGAUAGCUGGUUUUUAUGAAGAUGUCAGUGCAGUUGCUAAAGGAUGGAAAGAGAAUCCUGUGGAAUUUGAUUCUCUUUUCAAUGAAAGCAAAUAUACUUGGAGCUGGGGAAGUCCAGAUAUUUUACCUAUGUUUGCUAAAGGUGCAAGUGGAGACCAUGUUUAUAUCCAUUGUUAUACAGCUGAAAAAGAGGACUUUGGUGCACAAGAUGCAACACGGCUUGACACCUGGGUUUUUGACCAGGUUAAGGACUUUUUCCAGUCUGCUAAAAGUAACCAGUCUUUGUUCUCAAAAUUGAAUGAAGAGAAAAUAGUGCUGUUCUUACAUUUGUUGGGAAUAGACACAAAUGGGCAUGCUCACCGACCAUCAUCAAGGGAAUACAAGGACAAUAUAAGAAAAGUUGAUAAUGGAGUGAAGGAAAUAGUGUCCCUUCUGGAGGAUUUUUAUGAAAAUGAUGGGAAAACAGCCUUUGUCAUUACCUCUGAUCAUGGAAUGACAGAUUGGGGAUCCCAUGGUGCUGGUCAUGCCUCAGAGACUUUAACACCUUUGAUCUCUUGGGGAGCUGGAAUCCGUUAUCCACAGCAGGUAUCAACCCAGCUCUUUGAUGAUGAAUUUUUGAAAGAAUGGCAGCUGGAGAACUGGAAGAGGCAAGAUGUCAAUCAGGCUGACAUAGCACCAUUGAUGGCUUCCCUCAUUGGAGUUCCAUUUCCCCUUAAUUCUGUGGGAAUCCUGCCUCUGGAUUAUCUUAAUAAUAGUGAUCUUUUCAAAGCAGAGAGCAUCCUCACAAAUGCAUUACAGAUUCUUGAACAGUUUAAGAUAAAAAUGACUCAGAAAAAGGAAGUCACCCUGCCAUUUUUAUUUACACCAUUUAAGUUACUUUCUGAUUCCAAACAGCUUGAGAUGUUAGGAAAAGCAAGGUCCUACCUUAAACAGAAGAAAUAUCAGGAUGUGAUCUCUCUUUGCAAGGAACUGAUUCACCUUUCCCUGGAAGGCUUGUCAUAUUACCAUACUUACAACAGAUUCUUUCUGGGCAUCAGUGUUGUUAUCGGUUUCAUUGGAUGGAUAUCUUUUGCUACUAUAAUGAUUAUCAAGUCUCAUUCUAGUCUGAAAAGAAGUGUUAUUAAAGGUGGAAAGAAACCCCACCAUCUCCUGCCAUGCAGUUUUGUAGUUAUUGGAGUUCUAAUAGCCUUCUUCCUGCUGAUUCAAGCCUGUCCCUGGACCUAUUACAUAUAUUGUUUGUUACCAGUGCCAAUAUGGUAUGCAGUUCUCAAAGAAUUCCAAGUUAUUCAAGACCUGAUCACAUCAUUGUUGACCUUUUCUGGAAAACAUUCAGUUGUGUUUUUACUAGUUUUCGCCCUGGGGAUUGAAAUAUUAGUUCUCAGCUUUUUCUACCGCUACAUGCUUACCGCCGGUCUUAUUGUAUUUGCGUGCUGGCCAUUUUUCACACAACUCCGGAUUCAAGCAAAGAUAACAUCGCUAGGAUGGACUCUCUUUUCUUUACUUCUUGCAGUGUUUCCUCUAUUGCCUGUUUUAGGACGGGAGCCAAAUAUCACUCUAGUAACAGGAGCAGGUUUGCUCAUUUUUUUGAUCUCCUUGUCAUCCUUUGUAUAUCUCUGGAAAAGCAAAAGUAAAUACUCUUUUGAAGACCUGCCAGUACAUCUGUGUCAGAUGGUGGGUAUACUUAUUUCCACAUAUAUUGUGAACAGUACUCACAAUAGUCUUCUUCAGAAACAAGGCUUGCCUCAGAUUAACCAGAUUGUUAGCUGGGCCAUACUGGCCUCUUCCUUGGUUGUGCCAUUACUGGGUCCCACGAUUGUCUUUCAACGAUUACUUAGUAUACUUCUCUCAUUGAUGUCAACCUAUCUGCUGUUGAGCACAGGGUAUGAAGCUUUCUUUCCCUUUGUGUUGUCAUGCUUAAUGUUGGCAUGGAUACACGUGGAACAAGAAAUGCUGCAGCAAUUGGGGGUUUCCUGUACACAAAAGCUCACCAGUAUCCAUUUUGCCUAUAAUACAGAUAUAACUCAGUUCCGGCAACUCCACCUGGAUGACAUCCGUAGGUCCUUCUUCUUUGUUUUCUUCAUAGUGACAGCCUUUUUCGGAACAGGAAACAUAGCUUCUAUUAACAGUUUUGAUCCUUCUUCUGUCUAUUGUUUCCUGACUGUGUUUAGCCCCUUUAUGAUGGGAUCCUUGAUGAUGUGGAAGAUUUUAAUUCCUUUUGUUCUUGUGAUGUGUGCUUUUGAAGCGAUUCAAGUAACAACACAACUCUCAUCAAAAAGCCUUUUCCUCAUUGUCCUUGUUAUUUCAGACAUCAUGGCACUGCAUUUUUUCUUCCUGGUCAAAGAUUAUGGAAGCUGGCUUGAUAUUGGAACAAGCAUUAGCCACUAUGUGAUUGUCAUGUGUAUGACCAUCUUCCUGGUUUUACUCAGUGGACUGGCACAACUCCUAACAACAAAGAAAAUCAAACUGUGGGGGAAAGCCAAGCCCCAUUUCAUGUGACAUUGCUGCAGAUUUCCUUUGGCACCUGGAUUUCAUUCAGCCUCUUCUUCUUCUACGCUUCUAUUUUUAAACUCUAAUUUAGGAGGAUUGACAUGUCAUAAAAACCCAUCAAGGAUUCAACAUAAUUUGUUUCUGGAAGAUUAAUAAUGAUGUAUAACAGUUUCUGCUCUUACAAAGGGAUUUGGGAUUCUGGAUCUAGAGGUAUCUAGAAUUAAGUAGUUUCACUUGUUGAAGUUACAUUUUUGUCCAAAAAAAUGUGGUUAUAUCUUUGGAAAAACCAUCAUGAAAGUAUUUGAAAGUAUUCUUCAUCUUCAUUUUUUCCCUUUAGCUGCAGUUUUUCUUACAGUUGUUGUUAUUCUGCACCUGGAGAGAGCUGGCUUUUGUCCGAGGAUAAAUACAGCCCUUACAGAACAGCUGUAGGUAUACUCUAUGAAGAUUUUAUUAACAUAUUUCUUGUGCUGAUUAUAUCCCAAACCACAACUAUGACUGAACUUUGACAUUUAUCACCAAGUGGCACCAUAGUAUUUAUCAAUAUGUAGAAUUAGCUUUGAGUUCAUAUUUUCUAACUGGCUGAAUGACAUAUUAUUUAAUUCUUCUGGUCUUUAAAAGAUCUCUGAUUUCCUCAGUGUGACUGGCCAAAAAAUUUUAUCACCUGGUGGCCGAAUUUUGAUGAUGGAUAUUUUUGCUUUCAGUCAGGUUAGACCUUGAGUAGGAGUUUACUGGGUCAGUCCUUAAAGGCUUUCCAUUCUGACAGGAACUGACAGAGUCAAGAGUACUGUGCCUGACUAACAUAGCCUAGAAUCCAGAGUUGCCAGACAAUCAGGAGGCAUCAAAAUAGGAUUUUAGUUGAGGUUCAGGUUUACUGAAAUAUAAAAGUUAGCUGUUGACAUUUUUGUCUAUAGGAUUCAGUAGGAAGAGUAUUGUCUUUAGAAUUAAAAGACCUGGAUUCAAAUUCUACCUCUGAUUUUUACUAACUACGAGAUCUUGGGCAAGUCAUUUAAUCUCCUUGGGUCUCAGGUUCUUCACCUCCAAAAGAAAGAGCUUGAUCCAGAUCAAGGUUUUUUGUUUGUUUGUUUGGGGUGUUUUGUCUUUUAAUUUAAAUGUAUUUAUUUAUAAAUUUUCCAUUCCAAAUUCUCUCCCUCUCUUUAGUCCCUCCUUCCCACCUACUGAGAAGACAGGUGAUAUAUCAGAAUUAAACUUGUGAAAUCAUGCAAAAUACAUUUCUAUAUUAGCCAUGUUGUCAGAAAAAGACAAGAAAAGUAAAAUUUAAAAAUAUAUUUUUCAAUCUGCAUUCAAAUUUCAUCAGGUCUUUCUCUGGAGGUGGAUAGCAUUUUUCAUGAUGAGUCCUUUGGAAUCGUCUUGUAUCACUGUAUUCAUGAGAGUAUCUAAGUCCUUCACAGUUAUAGAUCAAGUUUUCUUAACCUUUUUUUGGUAUCAUUGAUCCCUUUGACCCUCUGGUAAAGACUACAGACCCCCUUCUCAGAAUAACUACAUAAAAUAAAACAUACAGGAUAACAAAGGAAACAAAUUACAUUGAAAUACAAAUACCAAAAAGAAAAAAAUGCUUUAAGAACAAAUUUAUGGAGCCCAGGUUAAGAACUUUAGUCUGGAGCAAUCCAUGAACAAUGUAAAUAGCUUCUGAACCUCCUUUCAGCUCUAAAUCUGUGUUCUGUGAUUCUUUUCUUCUCCCCAAAUCCUACCAAAUGUAGUGAGAAAAAAGCAGAUUUGUUUUCUUAAUUCCAAUAGCUAUAAAGGCAAUGAGAGGGCUUUUCAUGGGUAGAUGUAAUCUGGUGGAUCUUCUCAAAUUAGCAAAAUAGAAAGUGUUUAAUAUUUUAUAUGAUGGAAGAACAUUUGAUUUAGAGUCGGAAGACGGGUUCCCAUUUCAGCUCUGCACACAAACUAAUUAUGGGACUGUGGAAAAAUUGGUCAACCUCUGAGAUCCUCAUAGGAUCGAAAAUUAUGUCCUUAGAAGCCAUACUGUCCAGUUCCCACACUUUACAAUAGAGAAAACAAGUUCACUUUAAUCAUAAAUAAAAUGAUGGUGAUAUCUCACUAAAUUUAUAGGUAUUAAGAUUGACAAACUUGUCUACCACUCAACAGUUUUGAGAAAAGUGCUUUGUAAACCUUAAACAUCAUAUAAAUAAAAAGAAAUAUAAAAAAAAUUUUCAUAUCAUAGAACACUUAGUACAUUUGAUUAUCUUUUCCUGUGGGUUAAACUAUAAAAUAUUUCAUUGUCAACCUAAAGGAGCCAUAUUUCAUUUGAGUUCAACAAACAUUUAUGGAGUCCUUGUACUUCCAUAUACUUGUUUGUAGAACACUAUGAUUGGCAAGAGAUACAACAUGUAUCAAACCAAGGUCCUACCACCAUGAAGCUUAUGGUCAGUCUAGUAGAGAAAAACAAUAUAUUUGUAGAUAAAAUAUAAAUUCCUUAAGGGCAAACCAUUAUCAUAUCUGUCUUUACAUUCCUCCAGCCUAGCAUGUUGUAGGCACUUAAUAAAUGCUUGUUGAUUAACAAUCAUAUAACUAUAAUGCACGAGAGGCACAUUAAAAAUCUAAAAACCAAGGUCUCUGUAACAUAGAAGAUGGAAACAGUUUCUGAAUAAAUUUAAAAUUCUAGAGCUUACAAUGCAUAUUAGAAAACUGGACUGCUGACAUUUCUGCCUACGAAAUUACAGCCCAAAGCCUAAACAUCCUUUCAUUAAAUUCAGAUUAUCAUCUGUAAACCAACAAAAUAUUUUCAGAGCAAUUCUUAUUUAGUCUUCCCUUAAAGUAACCUUUCUAAGUUGCCAUAGAUUUGGCCUUUUUUCUCCAGACAUCAUCAUUUUCUCUCUUUUUGGCAUAACAUUCAUGUGUCCAAAAAUGACAGUGGAAUAACUAAAAAGUUGCCUUGGGCUGAUGUGAAACUCUUUGGAUAUGAGACCCAUUUUAAAGAAGGAAUUGCUUUUAAAUUAAAUUAGAAUGUUGCUAAUUCACAGUAAUGACUAGGAAGCCUGCUGAAGAUUACUAAAUUUUUCAACUUGUUGGGUGAGUGAGCAAACACAAUUUAGAAGAUUCAGGGAAUCAGUUUGGUAAAAUGUUCUUUGUUUCUUUCUCCGUAGAAUUGUAUCUUGGUUUUAAAUUAUUUAUGGUAAUACUGCAACACACACCAGCCAAACAUUAUACAGUACGUAUCUGUGUGUAUAUACAUGUAUAGAUUUCCAUUUUGACCAUGUUAAAAUAAGACCUUGGGUAUGAUCUUUAAUCUUUGCCAAGAAUUAAGAUAAUAUUGUUGUCUUUUUGAUUCAUGUCCUUAAGGAUUAGUGAAUUUUUCUGAUGCCCCGAGGACUUUUUGGUUAGUUUUUUCUACAGCUAGGAGAAAGCUGUUCUUAUAAAUAUUUAUCUUGUGUAACUCAGUUUAAAUCCAAGCUUGGCUUAUUUACUCUUCUUUUCCUCUGCCCCUAAAUUUUCACACAAAGGAAUGAAUGAAUAUUUUAUCUCUGCAUUGUAAAAGGUGCAGUAUGUUUUGUGCAGAGCAUUAUUUUGCUAAUCAAAACAUGCCUCUUGUAGUAUGGAGACAAUGUGUGGUUUUACCAAAAGGGAAACAUUCUGAGGCAAUUCUGGUUUUACUUUGCAAUGAUCUAUAAAUAGGCUCCUCUGAUUCACUUAGAUAACCGACUUAGCUUCAGGGACCUUCCCUGUUUUGCAGUUUACAAAAUGUCUUGAGAAAUACUGAAAUGUAGAUUUUGGUUUUUGUAUUUCAAAUGGCCAAAAAAAAAAAAAUAGGUUUCACUGAAAAAUGAGUGUGGGCAACUCUAAUAUGAUACCUGCUAAGAAUCUCUGAUUGAAUUCUAGUCUUUGCUAUGCUAAGAUUUUCAUUUUAAGGUCUAGGAUUUUUGCUAACCCUGUUUUCAUUAUUAGGGGGUACCUAAGGCAAUUAACAUUUUCAUAUAAAGUUGAAACUAUAUUGACCAAAGAGUAGAAUAUGGUUGUGCCCUCAGUGUUUCCAUUCUCUACCUCAUAGGGCUGUUUUAAGGAUCCGACGUGUAUUCAAGGUACUUUAUAAACUGUAAAGCUUUAUGCAAAUGAAAGUUACUUAUUUCCCCUAGAAGCAAUUUUUGAAUGGUAUGUCAGCUUCCAGGAUAAUCCAAAAAAGUUCAUUAAAACCAUUAUGUAGGAGAGCUAAAGAACCUAGCAUUUAUCACAUCAUUCAGGGUGAAAGCCCUGAAUGUCUGCUUUUACUCCCGUAAGACAUCUUUUCUUUUCCAUUCCUCAAGCUCAGUGUAGAAAUGACAUCUAGGGCUUCCCUCUCUGCCAUUGAGCACCUAGAAGCCAGAGCAGAUGAGAAGAGAGGAAGGAAACAGGGCAGAAAGCUAGGCCCAGCCAAGUUGGGAAAAGGAAGAGAAGAGAAAAGGGAGUAGCUAUUCCCUUAGAAUCUUUGACAAAGACCAAGAAAGAGGCAGAUUUUCAUUAUUGAGCACUUCCUGCCCUGUAUCAGAAUGAGUUUUCAAUGAAACAAUUUUCUGGGUUAUAAAAGUAGAGUGUUCAUAAUUUAUUGGUAUAUAUUUAGGUGGGAUUGUUAUGGUGUAUUUUUCUAGUGUUGGUGACAGAAUUUUGUAUUUGGAAGCGGGCCCCCUUUUUUUUACUGUCAUUACUUUUUUUAAAAAAUUUCACUUAUUAAAUAAAUUUUAGAAAGAAUUAUAUAUAGAAUUUUCAAGUUUGAAGAUUUCAUGCAUUCAGUCCACUUCCCUUAAAUUUUUACAGACUGAAUUAUAGUUUUCAUUUGUUGUGUUCUUCUGACUAAUGCAUUUAUUUGCUUUACCAGAAAUUGGGUUUCAGGGAUUUUCUGGUUAAUUGAAGACCAACUCAAAAACAAUUUGGAACAUUUGUAAAAAAUAUAUGAGGUCUCUGCUGACAAUGUCAAUGUAUUAUAUGUAAUAUAACUUAAUCAUUCUGAAAAAGUAAGUUCUCUUAAUGUUAUUUGGGUUUUACAGUGUUUAUAGGAGAGAUAAGCAAUUGCAUGGUUUUUUUAUGCCAUAGAAGUUCCUUUUUUAAUAAAUUCCUAAUUUCAGUUUGUUUUUUCCUAAA